AUCGAUAUCCUAAUUACAGUUCUGAAAUAAUGGCAACUUCCGACCCAACAAUUAAGCUCGUCCCUGUUCUCCCGGGUGACUUCCCCGCCCUGGCCCGCCUGGAAGCAGCUGUCUUUGGCGAGACCGACGUUGGUGAAGUUGGCUUCGGUCCAGACCGUAACAGCGAUGCAGCCAUGGAUCAGCGCGCCAUAAUUCUAGGGGCUCCUCCCAAGCUAGGUGAAACGGUGCGGAAUAUGAAGCUAGUGCGAGUUGGGCCUGCCGGGGACGAGGAGAUUGUCGGUUAUGCGGGGUGGGUGAUAUGUAUUGGUAGGACUGGCAGCGAGGAAGAGAAGAAGAAAUUGGGAACGAGAGAGUCAUGGGCGGUUCAACAGGAUCCGGGACCUGAGCCAUUUGGGCCGGGCGCUGAUGUUAAGUUCUGCGUGGAUGUGUUUGUGCGCGCGGAUGAGCAUAUGGCAAGGGCGACAGAAGGGAAGGACUAUGCAAAAUUGAGGAUGCUUGCCGUCUUGCCUAAGUACCAGCGCAUGGGGUUGGGGGCCAUGAUGCUCGAAGAGGGACUCCGGGAGGCGGAUAAGCUAGGCUUGCAAUCAAUCCUCGGGGCGUCGCCAUACGGGAUUGGAUUGUACCGGAGGCACGGGUAUAUCGACUUCGAAGCGAUGGAGUUCAAAUUGUGGGAGUAUGAGAGGGGAAAGGGGAUGGGCAUUGCGAAGCACGUCGUGAUGCACCGCCCGGCAGUGGCACAUCAAGGAAUUUGAGCCCUCCAAUGAUAUCACUUUCACAUACAUUGUAAUGAAAGGCCAAGGUCAAGAUAUCAAGAUCAAAUCUACGUGCGGCGGCGCAUUUUUCUUAGUGGCUGGGAACCACUUCAUCGCCGGAUGGAGGAUUUCAAGAACGAGUUUGUAGAAUACGACAAGAUGAAGUAUGGAGGAGAGGCACGGAGGUUAGCAGCAUCAUUUGUUAGCACUUCAUCCAGGAGAGCCGCAGUGUUUGUGGCAACUUUUUUGUUAUUACACGUUAAUAUUCGCAACUAUUAUUUAUAGUUUAUUAGACAAGUGCUUGCGUUCUACAAUUACCUUUGCAGCCUUCUCUCUUGCCAUUUGAAUAUCCUUGUCUUGUGACGAGUAUUUCGCCAUGACUAUAGGAUACGAAGUUUAACUCCGCUCGCCCAUGCCAUUUGUCAGAAGCUUGAUUCUUGUGUAGCUCAAGUUUGAAGUUUAGA